AAAAAUCAAAAGGAGAAUAUUAUCACAUUGAGCGAGAAAAUAACAAGGAUGCAAACUGCCAUAUGUGUCUGCUUUUGUGUCGGUGAACGUAGUAGUACCUUGGUGGGUGGUGGGUGGAUCCAGACGACGCUUGUUCUUUGUUUAGGUGUAGGAAAACCCAAUUUUGUCUUUGCUUCUCCUUUCCCUUUUAUCUUACGCAGCACGUGUGUACAUGUUGGACUUGGACUCUCUUUGUUCCGUUGCAUCCUUUCUAGAUAGAGAAAGUGAGAGAUUGAGAUUGAUUUUACAGCUAAGCCUUUGAUUUGUUUUUUUGGGUUGAGUACAACCCCCGAUUGAAUACUUGCCGUGUAUUAUUCUGUUUGCAUAUACGAAUUAUAGAAGAACAAAGUCUUUGGUUUGGUGGGUUUAUUUUUCGUGAAUUAUAAGUUUGAUUAUUUGAUGUAAGUUGUCCAGUUUCGUGUAGAUAGCAACGUCUUGUUGAUGGCUUGCUUUGUUUGCCGUCUCAGCCGUUGGAUUUCGGUCAGACAAAUUCGCAUACACAGUUUGUGCGUACUUUCAGUUGUUAAAGCUGACUUCUUUGAAUUGGGUAUUUGAUUAUUAGGUGUUCGCAAGCAUUGCAAAUCACAGUUAUACUUUCGUGUUGUUUUGGGUUUCCUGUAUAUGGUUGAAUUCGCAAAACCGUGCCGCCAGAGCUAGAUUGUUGUGAAUCUGCCAUAGCCGUGAUUUCUGGUAUCUGGGUCAUUUGGUUUCUAUCUGGUCAAGGAGAUGAAAGAAAAGUCUUGCAGUCCAGGAAGUUUCUUUGUUUUGAACACAGGAGCCAAGAUCCCUGCCAUUGGGCUGGGAACAUGGCAGAGUGGCGGUGACCUUUGUGUUGAAGCUGUUAGGACAGCCUUGUCGGUGGGUUAUUGUCACAUAGAUUGUGCACAUCUUUAUGGGAAUGAGAUUGAAGUUGGGGAAGCACUGGCUGAAGCAUUUCAAAGUUCAUUGAAGAGAGAGGAUGUUUUCUUGACUUCUAAGCUGUAUUGUACCAUGAAUUCACUCAAUAAGAUUGAGAAUUAUGUUAGAGUUUCGAUUAAGAGUCUUGGAGUCACAUACUUGGAUCUAUAUUUGAUGCAUUGGCCUGAGAUCUCUGCAUUUGGGGAUGCAACUGACCCUCCUUCAAAGUCAGGGGGUGAGUAUAGACAAUUUCUCAGUCGAUUGAAGAAAGCAUGGAAAGCUAUGGAAGGUCUAAUUGAUUCAGGUUUGGUGAAAGCAAUAGGUGUCAGCAAUUUCAGUGUUCAACAAUUGAAAGAACUGCUUAAAUUUGCAAAAAUUGUACCAGCUGUCAAUCAGGUUGAGUUACACCCCUUUUGGAGGCAGGAUGAACUUGUAAAGUUCUGUCAAACGAAAGGUAUUCAUGUAUCUGCGCACACUCCUUUGGGAGUACCUACUUCAAGUCCUGGACCAUCUGAUAGUGGAUCUGGGGAAGAUGAACCUGGAACUCCUCGUAUAUCAUUUAGAAGAUCAAGAUCAGUACAUGGACCAAUGCUGAAGUUGUCUAUUGUUUCAGAGAUAGCAGACAUACACAAAAAGACGCCUGAACAGGUUCAAGCCCAUCUUACUCUUAUCGAGCCAACAGAGGUGAGGUCGCGAUCGACUGAGAAGGGGCUACAGUCGCGAUUGACAAAGAAUGAAGAAGAAGGGGAGACAGAAGGCAAAAGCACAAUAUCAAAAAAAAUUGAUGGGUCGAUGGGAGAAGAGAAGAGAAGAGGUCGAUCACAUACCUGAGAUUCAGUGGCGAAGUCGACGACGAAGAGAAGAAGUGUGAAAGGAGAGCAGGUCUUCUAUUCAGAGCUUCAUUCGCGCCUGGAAGGAGAGCUUUGGGUCUUCGAUUCAGAGUUGGUGAUCCAUUCAGAGGUCUUCUAUUUAGGGCUUCGUGUGUGGAAGGAGAGCUUUAGAGGAGGUCUUCGAUUUAGAGUUCGCGUGUGGAAGGAGAGCAACAGAGCAGGUUGUGAGUGGUUUUAAGUGGAAACCGAGUCCCCCUGCGUCGAUUACGAGUCCUCGGUGAGUCAUUGCUGUGUUUAUUGUUCCGACGUGGUCAACGCGUGUCGUAGCCGUAUUUUUGCGCGUCUACCGCGUUGGGGAACUAAGUUCGUGUGUGACGCGGACUCGGCACCCAUUUUGCCGAGUCCGUGCUUCCUAGGUCAGGAGUCUCCUAUAUGGAUCUUGCAUCCUCAAACUAAGUGACAUCUAGCUUUCUUAUGAAAUUCUUGUUUAAAGGCUGUCUGUCUGUCGCCUACUAGUGCUAAAAACUAAUGCAAACUCCAUAAGUAUUCAUUCUACUUGUUCUUUGCGAUUCCUUAA